AUGGUGCAUCCGUCAGCGACAACUAUUCCGCUGGCGGGCAAGCCGCCAGACCCACCGCCGCCCCUGCAACCUCAAGGAAUCUCUCAGCCUUCUGAACCCAGCCCAGAAACCGCCACCGCCACCAUCUCUUACAGGAAUGCUCUGACAGGCCAGUCUUCCCAGCAACCGUCGAAGGGGAGCACAUGGACCUUCGUCGGCGAACAUGACAUGAUUCCAGGGGACUUUAAUGGGGAACCGGCCCUAAAUCUAUCGGAAACUUUCAAAGAAAGAUUGUGCCAACCCUGGAAGAAGACCUUGGUGGUGCGAUUAUUGGGAAGAUCCGUCUCUUAUGCUUACCUCUGUUCUCAACUCCGUUGGAAGUGGCGGCCGUCGGGAGCUCUGGACAUCAUAGACCUAAACAAUGAAACUUUUCUUGUUACUUGCAGCAAUGAUCAAGAUUAUCUAACAACGCUCUCGGGAGGACCUUGGGUGAUCCUCGAUCACUACCUCCUGGUACAUCCAUGGUCACCGGACUUCCGUGUCUCUGACAAGCCGCACAGAUCAGUGGUAGCCUGGGUGCAAUUUCCAGAACUUCCAGUUCAUUUCUACCAUCGCGAAGUUCUUUUUGCGAUUGGCAACCUAAUUGGAAGGACGAUUAAGCUUGACUACCAUACAGAAAAUCUUCAAAGGGGAAAAUUUGCUCGCAUGGCAAUUGAUCUCGAUAUGACAAAACCUCUGCCGACGAGAAUUCAUCUGGAUGGCAAAUGGCAAGGAAUCACUUAUGAGAACCUCCCCCAUAUCUGCUAUGGAUGUGGAAAAAUCGGACAUAUUGAAGAAAAGUGCCCUGCCAAUGAAAACCAUAUGGAGACGGCUUUGGCCAUCGUUCCCGGCAACGAUAGCAACGCGUACCAAGUUCCUCCUCCGUCGGAUGUCCCUGCCGGCUAUGGCCCGUGGAUGCAGGUGACGCGAAAAACGCGGAAAGUGACAAAGGCAAAAUCGGGUAACCACCAAAUCAAUUCCUCCGCAAUUGGCGCAGAUUCCGGGCGAUCGGCUCCCAAAUCAUCUUCCAAGGGAAAGUCUGAUUUGGAGAUGAAAGGUAAAAAGGAAAGUAAAGAGGGACAGAGAAAGGAAGUUUCCAGCUUACAGAAAGGGAAAUCAACCUUGAUCGAUGCCUCCGUCCCCAACGGAAAAAAGAAAGGAGCGGCUGCUCAAGAGUGGAGGGUGGUUGGUUCGUCAGCAAUGGAUCUUAACCUAGCCCAACCCAUGGAGGCCCUUUCGAAAGACAAGGCCCAAAACACUGCUUCCACCUCUACUUCAAUUACGGCCAAGGCCCUCCAAGGCCCGAACAACACUAAGAUCCAGAUCAUCUCUGUUCCAUCUCUCGUUGACAGCACCAAGGAAAAUCAAAACCCAAAUUCUUGUGGAAGACCAUCGCGCCAACGGUCACAAAAGAAGCAACCAACAAAAGCCCUGAACACUAUCCAGAACAGGGGAAUCAGCAUCAAAUCUCCCAAGAAGCCUCUCCAAUUAAGCUCAAUCUCCAGAGAUAAUGCCAAGAGAGCUAAAGAUGGAGUCUUCCCCUUUACCAUCAAAGACAUUGAAGAAUUCUGUGCUCACUCAAAUUCCAAAAUAUCUGAAUUCCAGAAGCUGGUUGCGGAAAGGUCAAGUGAGGUAUCCAUGGAGGAAGAUCUUCACGCGACCCAGUCGGAGACGCCCGCUGAUGCCGUCGAUACCCAGGGAAAUCUGGCCGCUUUUAACCAAGGAGGCUCGGCAGCCACGACCACGAACCUUGCUUGA